AUGGCUCCUGGCAUCUUGUCAUACUCGUCCCGCGGCACAUCGCCAUCAGCCAGCGCGGGCGUCAGGACCCCGGCUACGCACUCUCACACAUCCUCCGUCGACUCACUAUCUGGCCUGGCCGUGGGCCCGUACGAUGGCAGGCGCCUUGAUGGCGUCCGUCCAGACGGCCCUGCGAGCAGGAGCAGCAGUAGCAGCGGCUUCAGCAGAGCCAGCACCGACGAGCACGCCGACCCUGACGCUCUCAGAAACGGAAGCGCCGGCCGUCGUCCGAACCAGGACCAGAGCAGCAUGCCCAUUGCCAUUGUCGGCAUGGCAUGCCGCCUGCCCGGCAGCGUCGCCAGCCCUGCCGAGUUCUGGGAGCUGUGCUCGCGCGCCAGGACCGGCUUCACGCCGGUGCCCAAGGAGCGCUUCAACCACGACACGUUCUACCACCCUAAUCCGGGCAAGACGGGGACGUACCACGCCUCUGGAGGCAACUUUCUGGACGUCGAUCUUGCCGCGUUUGACGCCCCCUUCUUCGGGCUGACAGAAAAGGAAGCCAUUUCAAUGGAUCCGCAACAGCGCCUGUUGCUCGAGUGCACCUUUGAGGCGCUCGAGAACGCUGGCAUCCCCAAACACUCAAUUGUCGGGGAGGAUGUCGGCGUCUUCAUUGGCGGCAACUUUGCCGAGUACGAGAGCCAUUUGUUCCGCGACAGCGACACGAUCCCCAUGCACCAGGCCACAGACUCGGGUCGCUCAAUAGCUUUCGAUAACCGCGGAACCGGCUUCGGCCGCGGCGAGGGUUGCGGCAUGAUCGUGUUGAAGCCGCUCGACCAAGCUCUGAGGGACAAUGACUCAAUCCGUGCCGUCAUCAGAGGCAGUGGCAUCAAUCAAGACGGCAAGACGCCCGGCAUUACAAUGCCCAACGGCUCAGCGCAGGAGAAACUCAUGAGACAGGUCUACCGAAAUGCAGGCCUCGACCCCUCCGACUGCGGCUACGUCGAGGCCCACGGGACGGGCACCAAAGUUGGCGACCCCCUCGAGGCCACGGCCAUCCACAACGUGCUGGGCCAAGGAAGGACGGCGAAAGAUCCGCUCUUCAUCGGCUCCGUCAAAUCGAACAUUGGCCACCUGGAGGGUGCGUCUGGUAUCGUUGCUGUCAUCAAGGCGGCCAUGAUGCUGGAGAGGAACUUUCUCCUGCCGAACCACGACUUCAAGACGCCAAAUGAGAAGAUCCCCUGGAGCGAGUGGCACUUGAAGGUCCCCACCACACAACGACCCUUUCCGAGAAACAAGAAGUACAUCAGUGUCAACAACUUUGGCUUCGGCGGCACCAACGCGCACGUCGUCCUCAGCAAGGCUCCCUUCCCCGCAAAGCGGUCGGAGAGCUGGCAGUCGACAAGGUCGGCGACCCCCGAUGAGAAGGCUCGGAGCAAGAAGCUCUUUGUCCGUCUCCGCCAACGACCAAAAAACUCGCUCAUCGAGGCUCUCAAUGGCGGCAAGCUCGUGCCCGGAAAAGAGAGUGAGCCCCUGAGGAUGGGCUUUGUCUUCACUGGCCAGGGGGCGCAGUGGUACGGCAUGGGUCGCGAGCUCUUCGAGCAGUAUCCCAUCUACGCUGCUGCCAUUGCGCGGGCUGACGACUGCCUGCGAGCCUUCGGUGCCGACUGGAGCCUGGUCGAAGAGCUGAAUAGAGAUGCAAAGACGUCCAAGGUCUCUGAAGCGCAUAUCAGCCAGCCAUCUUGCACGGCUGUCCAGCUCGCUCUGACCGAUCUGCUGACGGCUUGGGGCAUCCGUCCCACGGCUGUUGUCGGCCACUCGAGCGGCGAGAUUGGUGCCGCAUACGCUGCUGGUGUCAUAUCCUUUGAGGCGGCCAUGUCUGUUGCGUACCACCGCGGCCGCAUGAUCCCAGUCCUGAAGCAGCGCUUCCCUGACCUCAAGGGCGCCAUGAUGGCCGUCGGCGGCACAAAGGAAGAGGUGCAGCCCAUCAUCGAUGCCAUUCCCAACAUCAGGAUCGCCUGCUUCAACAGCCCGUCCAGUCUUACCAUUUCCGGCGACAGUGCUGGCCUGGACGACCUGUCCCAGGUCGUCGAGGCGAAACAAAUGUUCAACCGUCGCCUGCAAGUGGAUGUCGGAUACCACUCCCACCACAUGAACCUCGUCGCCAAGGAGUACCGUAGCGCUAUCGAGACUCUCCCCACGCCGCAGAAGACCACUGUUCGCUUCCACUCUUCCCUGCAUGGCGUCGAGAUUGACGGCACCGAGUGCGAGUCCCAUUACUGGGUCAAUAACCUGACCUGUCCGGUCCGCUUCGCCGAAGCUUUCGAGACGAUGCUGCAGCCCGUCGGCGACCACAAGACGGGCGUCAACAUGAUCCUCGAGCUGGGCCCUCACUCGGCCCUCCAGGGUCCCAUCAAGCAGAUUCUCAAGGAGAUAGGCGGUCCCGCAGCCAAGGUCCCCUACGCCUCGGCCCUCGCCCGCAAGAAGGACGCCGUCGAGUCGGCCAUGGACCUGGCCGCCACGCUCAUCACAAAGGGAGCCAUGCUGAACAUGGACGCCAUUAACUUCCCGCAGUCUGACGCCCUGUCCAUGGCCAAGCCGCCCACGCUGCUGACGGAUCUCCCGCGCUACGCGUGGAACCGCCAGACGCGGUACUGGCAUGAGUCGCGCAUGACGCGGAUGCACAAGCACCGCGAGGGCGCGCGCAGCGAUAUCAUCGGCGUCGAGGCUAUCUACUCGAGCGACCUCGAGCCGACGUGGCGGAACAUGGUGCACCUCGACGACUUGCCCUGGCUUCGGCACCACAAGGUGCAAGGCCUGACCAUCUAUCCGUUCUCCGGGUUCGUGGCCAUGGCCCUCGAGGCAGCGGCGCAGUGGUCAAAGCGCAAGGAGAUCGCCUUUGACAGGUUCGAGCUCAGGGGCGUCAACGUUGUCAAGCCCCUUGCUCUGUCUGACACGGCGGACGUCGAGAUGACGAUUAGCCUUCGCCCACAGCAAGAGACGUCGUCCGCAUCUACGGAGGCGUGGUACGAGUUCCGCAUCUGCUCGUGGAGCCAGGCGAGCGGAUGGACGGAGAACUGCACCGGUCGCGUUGCCACGCAGCGUCAUGCGAGCAACGAUGUUGAGAGUGCUGAGCAGAAGGCGGCGUGGCGACGGGGAGCACAGGCUAUUGUAUCCUCUCUGAGUGAUGCGGUUGCCAUCAAGGAGGCAGCCAUGUACGAUUCGCUCGCUGAGCUCGGUGUUGGCUACGGGCCUGCCUUCCAGGGCGUCGCAGAGUGCAAGGCGUCUGAUGUUUGCUCUGUUGGCAACAUCAUCUCGCCUGACGUCGCACAGGAUAUGCCGAACAACUACAUGACGAGCAUGGUCCUCCACCCUACAUUCCUCGAAUCUGCCAUUGAGAUGUACUGGCCUGUUCUCGGUGCUGGGAGAGAAUCAAUCAACACAGUCUACUUGCCUUCGUCUCUCAACAGGAUGGUCGUCUCAGCGGACAUCACAGCACUCACCAAAGAUGCCGGGAGCAGCCUUCGUGCGUUCUGCGAGGCCAAGUUCCCUGCUGCUGCCUCAGAGCCCCAGCCUACACAAGUCUCGGUCCUAGCAGCAUCGUCCGAAGACUCGCAGGACUUGAUUCUCGAGAUCGAUGGCCUCACAGUGUCUCCACUGCUUGACGGAACGAUCGAGGCAGACAGCAACCCCGCGCGCGAGCUGUGCUACAAAAUUGAGUGGGAGUCCAUUACGUCCUUUGAGGAGAAACCUCUUCUGAGCACUGCCGACAUUGUCAUUAUCCAUGGCGAGUCCAACUCGCAGCAGCUCAUUGCCAACGGGCUCGCCAUCGCCAUUGCCAGCGUAACGGGCAAGCUUCCUGAGAUGGGUGGCCUUGGCGAGGUCGCCACUGAGGGCAAGCUCUGUGUCGUCCUGACGGAGAUUGACUCGCCAUUCCUCGCCGCCCCCACCGAGUCGCAGUUUGCCUCUGUCCAGAAGAUGCUGACGACAGUCCAAGGCGCCCUCUGGGUCGUCCGCGGCGCGUACGCCGGCUCCACGUCACCUGAGAGCAACAUGAUCCUCGGUCUUAGUAGGACGGUCCGCUCCGAGGCCGUGCUUCCCUUUGCGACGAUGGAUCUCGAUGGCACGAGCCUCUUCAAUGACAGCGAGGCCAGCUCAGCUAUCAUGAAAGUAUUUGGCCUCGUGUUCGGCGUCAACGCUUUGUCGCUGAGCAGGGAGCUUGAGUUCAUGGAGAGGCGGGGCGAAUUUUUCACACCGAGGAUCGUGCGCGACGAGGUCAUGAAUGAGCACGUCCAUCGCGAGACAAACCCUGAUGUCGUUGAGGCGCAGCCUUUCGGGCAGGGUGAUCGGAUGCUGAGGAUGGACUUUUCUGUUACAGGUGACGUUUCGCACUUUGUCGACGACGAAGCCGGUCAGGCCCCCGUUGCGGACGAUGAAGUCGAGUUCGAGGUCAAGGCCGUCGGUAUUAAUCUUCGAGACGCCGUGCUGGCCAAGAGCCAUGUCCCCGAUGCAGAGAGGCACGCCCCGGGCGUCGAGGCGUCGGGUGUCAUUACAAGAAUUGGCAGUGCCGUCACAUCCUUCUGCGUCGGCGAUGCCAUUGCUGCGCUGACGUUCAACAGCUCUGCCUUUGCCACGCGUGCCCGUGCUUCUGCUUCAAGGGUCUUCAAGUUCCCUGAGACGCUGUCUUUCAAGGACGCCGCCAGCCUGCCCCUGGCCUACUGCACAGCUCACUAUGCCCUCAUCGACCAGGUCCGCCUUGAAGCUGGCCAGCGGGUUCUUGUCCACGCGGCUGGCAGUGGUAUCGGACAAGCGGCGCUGCAUCUCGCGCAAGUUAUAGGCGCCGAGGUGUUUGUGACUGUCGGCUCGGCAGAGGAGAAGGCCCUCGUCAUGGGCUCCUUUGACGUCUCAGAGGACCACAUCUUUUACAGCCAGGACCUGUCCUUCGGGCCCGCUAUUCGGCACGUCACCGCUAACGACGGCGUUGACGUUGUUCUCAACCUACUCCCGGGAGCGGAGAGCCUGAGAGAGAGUUGGGCGUGCCUCAGUCGGUUCGGCCAUCUUGUCGAUGUUGAACGUGGUGACGGCAACUCGGGCGCUCGCCUCAACCUUGGGCAGUCCAACAAUAAUGCCUGCUUUAUGAGCGUGGAUGUCUUCAACCUGGCCCAGUACCGGCCAAAGGUGGUGGAGAGACUUGUUGCAAGUGUGGCGAAGCUUGUUAGAGACGGCAAGGUGCGGUCUCUUGCGACAUCUAUGGACUAUGGAAUUUCAGCCGUCGAUGCGGCGUUCAAGGCGCUCCAAAGCGGCCCAGUGUUUGGCAAGGUGGUUGUCGUUCCUCAGGCGGACGAGAUGGUCAUGGCCACGCAAUCCAAAACCGUCGACGCUCUACUGCAGGCCCAGGCAACCUACGUACUAAUCGGCGGCACAGGUGGUCUCGGGCGCAGCAUGGCCCGGUGGAUGGUCGCCCACGGUGCCCGCAACCUCGUCCUCCUGUCCCGUCGUGGGUCCAUCACCGACAACGUCCGCGUCCUCAUUGAGGAGGCCAGCGCUCGAGGCGCCAACAUUGCAGUCCGCUCCUGCGAUGUCGCCGACAAGGCGAGUGUUGAUCGUCUCUUCACGUGCCAGCUCGACGGCCUACCUCCCGUCCGCGGCGUCAUUCACGGUGCCAUGGUCCUCAAAGACGUGCUCUUCGAAAAGAUGACGUGGUCUGACUACUCAACCGUCAUCAACUCCAAAGUACAGGGCGCAUGGAACGUUCACGAGGCCCUGAUGCGUCAGGACGCCAAGCUCGACUUCUUCAUCGCCAUAUCCUCGGCCUCUGGCGCCGUCGGCAACCGCGGACAAGCGGCCUACGCUGCAGCCAACACAUAUCUCAACGCGCUCGUGCAGCACCGCUUGGCGCAGGGUCUGCCGGCGACAUCUCUCGAUCUGACCGCCGUCUCGGACGCGGGCUACCUCGCCGACAGCGGGGCCGAGCGCGCGGCCGAGGUGGCCAAGAAUUUGGGAUCGGACAGCAUCUGUGAGGCGGAGGUACUGGCACUGAUUAGCGCGGCCAUAUCUGGGAAGACGUCGGUGUGCAACGAGCACGUCGUGACGGGAAUGCGCAUCACGUCUACGGUGCAGCCCUUCUGGACGCCAGACGCCAAGUUCAAGACGAUGCGGGUCGCGGCGGAGGAGCAGGCUGCCGCCGAGGCGGGUGCGGCUGGGUGUGCGGCGGUAUCGCUGAAUGCUUCCCUGAGAGCGGCACGCAGCGAGGCAGAUGCCGAGGCUGUGGUGUGCGCUGGUCUCGUCGACAAGAUUGCCGCCGUGCUCAUGAUGGAGCCGGAGGAGCUGGAUGUCACACGUAGCUUGUCACACUACCCGCUCGACUCGCUUGUGGCCAUUGAGAUCCGAAACUUCAUCACGAGGGAACUCGAGGCGAACAUGCAGGUGCUGGAGCUGUUGAGCAGUGGCAGUAUCCAGACAUUGACGAGGACGGUCUGUAAGAAGAGCAAGUGUUGUGUUGGGUUGGAGUGGACUGAGAGUUAG